UCGGAAUUCCAAAUCGGGGAACUCUAACCUCUUUCUAAACCUAAAGCUCAGACUUUCCGUCCUGACGUCAUGAUUUUACCUCGUUUUUCCCGAUUUCCAGUUGUCUUGAAAGCUAGCUCUUUGGUGUCGUCACGAUUACGCAUGUGCCCGCUGCUGCUGACACGACAGAAAACAUGGCGCUCGAGGAACCAAAUGGAGAUUUUCCAUAUUUACCUUCAGGGGUGGCGGAGGUAAACAAAAUGAUAAAGGAGAAUGGUGACCUGUUUUCUGAUGCCCUGUGCAAAAUCUGCAGUGCUGUCCUGAAUUCUGACUCCCAGAAACUUGCACAUUAUCAGAGCAAAAAGCAUGCCAACAAAGUGAGACGCUACAUGAGCAUCCACAAAGAAGAGGAGCCCACCAUCAAAAGGUUCAAGUCGCCUUCGGGAGACAGUGCCAGCAGUAAUGGCGAGACGGACCGCUCCAAAGCCUGUCAUAUAUGUAACAUGACAUUCUCCUCUCCGGUGGUGGCUGAGUCCCACUACCAGGGCAAGGUGCACACCAAGAACCUGAGACUGAAGACCUUUGGCAACCAGACCCCAGUAGCACUACCUCAGGCCGUGGCCCCAGUGGUGAAAAAGAAGAAGAAGAAGAAGGAGGCUCAGUCAGAGGAGGCUAGCAACGUGGCAUCGUCAGCCCCGGCCGAGGACGACCAGGGCAACUUCUGUUCCAUCUGCCAUGCCUCGUUCAACAACCCCCUCAUGGCCAAGCAGCACUACGAAGGCAAGAAGCAUAAAAAACAGCUGACCCAGCAGAAGCUUAUGGAGACCUAUGGGCCAUCCACUGCACCAGCUUCCACAGUAAAGGGCUACCCAUGUACUGUAUGCAACAUCGAACUGAACUCUGUGGAACAGUAUCAGGCACACAUCAGUGGCUCCAAACAUAAGAACCAUGUCAGAGGCAAGAAAGCGAGCAGCCCGAUGUUCAUCGGCCCAUCGGAAAACAAGUACACAGCAGAAAACCAGCAGUCAGAGUACCAGUAUACACCUGAAUUCGAACCAGUACAGGAGGACUGGGGUGCUUUCAGCCAAGAUUACGAGUGACGAGCCUCCCAGUACCCCCCACCAACACCACAGUUCCCUCAGCUAGGGCCAGAAGGAUCACCUGACCAGGAAAAGCUCUAGGUCCUUGUUACAAUACAGGUUACAACUAGGAUCCAGAGUUUUUUUUUUUUUUUUUCUUCUUCCCUUGUUCAUGUCAGGAAAAAUCCCUGGACAGAGGGCAGCCUAUAUGUGGUGUUCUUUCUGUGGUGUUGUAUCUGCCUCAUGGAUGAAUCUCAACUCCAGCUCUAUAUCAUUCUGUCUACUCCAUGUCUAAAUCCCAGUACAUGUUCACUACCGGUCAAAAGUUUUAGAACACCUACUCAUUCAAGGGGUUUUCUUUAUUUUUACUCUUUCUACAUUGUAGAAUAAUACUGAAGACAUCAAAACUAUGAAAUAACAC